AACCCUAACUCUAGAAUCGAUGGAGAUUAAGAAGAAUCCAUAGAGAUUAUUCACGUUGUAAGCUGCAUCUCUAGCUAGAAACUUAUGUCAGUGAACUUGUGUUGUGUUUGUAAUGAAGUUUGGUUGAGCUUUGGUUGGUUAGAGGAGAUCUGUUUUAUCCUUCAAUUUUGAAAAAUGGAAGAGAGAAAGGGACGAUCGGGAUCAGAGAUGAAGGGAUGACGUGGCAGCCACGUUGGAUUCUGAGUAAAAUCGGUUAUUUUAGUCGGACUGAGUAUCAUUUAUCGUCUUGGAGUCAUUAUUGUCUGUCUGAUCUAUACAAGCCUAGGCUAUGCCCUGCUCCGUUAAUUUUGAUCAAACUGUUUGAGCUUUGAAAAUGGCAGCUUCAUCCUGUGUUUACGAUGUGUUCUUGUCUUUCAGCGGUGUUGAUACUCGCAACAAUUUUACGGCUCACCUCUUGGCUGCUUUGAAUCGCCAUAAUUUUUACACUUUCAGAGAUGACGCUAAACUCAAAAGAGGAGAAGAAAUUGGUCAUGGAUUACUCAAAGCAAUCGAGCAAUCUAGGGUUUCUGUUAUCGUAUUCUCGCAAAACUACGCGUCCUCAAGAUGGUGCCUUGAAGAGCUUGUGAAGAUCAUGGAUUGCAAGAGCACACUCAAUCAGAUUGUUAUUCCCAUCUUCUAUGAUGUCCAACCCUCCGAUGUUCGAUCACAGAGGGGUUGUUAUGCAGAAGCAUUUGGGAGUCAUGAAAAGCAGUUUGACUUGGAAUCGGUGACGAAAUGGAGGUCUGUUCUGGCUGAGGCUGCCAAUUUGUCCGGUUACGUCCUGCAAAAUGAGGCCAAUGGGUGUGAGUCGACCUUUAUUGAAACUGUUGUUGGAGGAGUUGCAGAUAAAUUAAAUCCAACGGUUUUAAGUGUUGCGGAGUACCCAGUUGGAAUACAACAUCGUGUUCAACGACUGAGUGAGUUUCUACAGUUGGGGUCAAAAAGUGAUGAUGUUAGGAUAGUUGUCAUAUUGGGGAUUGGUGGGAUAGGGAAGACUACAAUUGCUAAAGCGAUGUAUAAUCGCAUACAUCGUUUUCAUCAGUUUGAAAGCAGUAGCUUUCUUGAUGAUGUUGGACGAACUUCAAUGGAAAUCAAUGGCCUUGUUAAAUUACAAAAAAAGCUUCUUUCCGAUCUCCUAAUGGAUGGAAAUCAGAAAAUAAGAAGUGAGGAUCACGGAAUUGAGGUGAUAAAAAGGCAAGCAUGGUGUCGAAGGGUUCUUCUUGUUCUCGAUGAUGUGGAUAACAUGCGCCAAUUUAAGGCAUUAGCCAUAAAUCGUGAUUUGCUACGUCCUGCAAGUAGAAUCAUAGUAACAACUAGAGAUUUGUCUUCAGUAAGUUCGCUUCGAGUGGAUGAGGUGUAUAGGCUUGAUGAGCUGAAUAAGGAGGAAUCUCUUCAACUCUUUAGUUGGCAUGCCUUUACAAGCGACCAUCCUAAAGAAGACUUCGAGAUCCUCUCUCAGGAAGUUGUGAGUUAUGCUAAGGGGUUUCCUUUAGUUCUUGAAAUUUUAGGUUCCCUAUUGUUGGACAGAACCAUACCCGAAUGGAUAAGUCAAUUGAACAAGUUGAAAAAGAUUCCUCAUAAGGAUGUUCAAGGGAAACUUAGGUUGAGCUUCGAUUCACUUGAUGAUAAACAGAAGGGUUUAUUCCUAGAUAUUGCAUGUUUUUUUGUUGGAAUGGACCAGGAUUUGGCAAUCAAUAUACUAAAAGGUUGCGAUUUCUACCCAGAAUCUGAUAUUGGGGUUCUAUCUCGUCGUUGUCUUGUAAGCAUUGAUGGGCAUAACCGUCUGAUGAUGCAUGAUCUGAUUCAAGACAUGGCUAGAGAGAUUGUCCGCCAAGAAUCUCCUGAAGAGCCAGGCAAACGUAGUAGAUUAUGGUAUCAUGAAGAUGUUCUCAAUGUACUGAGAAAUAACAUGGGGACAAAAGCAGUUCAAGGUUUAGUCCUGAACUGGCCUGAAUCAAAGGAACUACAAUUAAAUUGGAAUCGUUUACAACUAAAUUGGAAGGCAUUUACAAAGAUGGAGGGUUUGAGACUCCUAAAACUCGAUUUUGUCCAUCUAAGUGGAAGCUACAAAUAUCUCUCUGGAAGACUUGUGUGGCUAUCUUGGAAAGGAUUUUCUUUAAAAUGUCUACCAUCAACCUUAAUUAUGGAUAAUCUGGUUGCCAUUGACUUGAGCUAUAGCAACCUUAAACAAGUUUGGAGAGGAAGAAAGGUUCUGUAUAAAUUGAAAUACCUCAAUCUCAGUCAUUCAUAUUUCUUGAUCGAAACUCCAGACUUCACGGGGUUCACCAGUCUUCAGAAAUUGUUGCUUAAUGAUUGUACAAAGCUGGUAGAUGUUCACCAAUCUAUUGGGUGUCUGAAAAAUCUUGUUCUCUUGGAUCUGAAGAAUUGUCAGAAUCUUCAGAAGAUUCCCACGAGCAUUUUCAUGUUGGAAUCUCUCCUUUAUUUCAACCUGUUAGGCUGCUCCAAAUUAGAGUGGCCAGCAUACUUUCAAGGAUUGCAACCUGAAUCAAGCUUUUCGUCGUUACAGUUAUCAAGUAGCAUUCGGAAAUUAUAUAUGGAAGACUGCAAUUUAACAUUUGUUCCUAGCGAAAUUGGUAGUUUGGUGUCCUUGCAAUUUUUGAAUCUUAGUGGAAACAAAUUUUCCAACAUACCAGCUACCAUCACUAGUCUUCUGCGACUGAAAGCCCUCUAUGUGAACCAAUGUUCUCGGCUUGAAUCGAUUCCGGCACUUCCAGUAAAUUUAUUAGGAUUGAGUGCAAAUUACUGCACAUCAUUGCGGAGCAUAUCAAUGGAAUCAAAAGUAGCAAAAGCACCAUUCAUGACUUUUUACGGUUGUCCCAAAUUACUCAACAACAAUUUUGCAUAUAAUUUUAGAAGAAAGCUCCUCCGUUGUCAUCAGGGACUGCCAGAACAAGGUGAGUUGAAUAUUUUUCUUCCCGGGACUGAGAUUCCGAGGUGGUGCAACUACCAAAGUGAGGGACGCAUUUUACGUUUUCGGGUGCCUCAGCUGGUGGGUCGGAUAGCACAAGGGUUUAUUCUCUUUGUUGUUUUUUCUAGCCGGGGCUUCAAUCAAGAUUGUGACAAUUUAGCUAUUUGCUAUGACGUUUUUAAUAUAACCAAGAUGUCUAGGGGAUCAAUGAAUCAACCAAGAGUUGAUUUCUAUCCUGUAAGUUUUGAAGAUCAGACGUGGCUCUCCUACGUACCAAACCGGUGCCUUGAAUCUAAGUGUCGGCUGGACAGCGGAGAUGAAGUAGAGAUGGUAAUAUUUAUAAACCACCUUUGGCGGGUGAACAAGUGUGGGGUUAGUCUGGUUUGCGAGGGUGAUGACAAGGAUCCCGACUCAUAUGAUGCCACAGAUCACUCAAUGACAAUUGCCUCGGAUAUUCCUCCAGUUGAUGGAUGUGUGCCUGUGGCACAGUCGGUAACGGAUUAUGAAUUUCUUCGUGAGAUUGGUAAAUAUGAAUUGCUAGAGUAAUAAACAAUGUGUAGUGAUACUUCCUCACAUUAUAAAGUGGAAGGUCGAGAGACAAGUGUGUGCUUGUGUGUAUUAUUUGUCAGAGGAAAAAAAAGGUAUGAAUUGAUUUGAGAGGAAUUAUAUGUGAGAAUUUUAAAUAACAAGUGGUAAAUAAUAUAUGUUUGUAAGAAUUUUAGUUGUACAAAGAAAUGUCAUUUAAUUUGGGAGGUGAAGGAUUGAAGUCUCUCUUAAAGUACUCUGGGGCUCGUGUGUUAGGAAAAAGAAAAUUUGGAAUUUCAAAACCAACUUAAAUAGCCAAGUAUCCAAUUCUUCUCUCCAAACAACUAUGGAUUAAUCAGGUUAUAAUUUAAAAUGAGGUAUUAAAAUUAAGAAGUUGUUUGCAUAAUUUCUAGCUCUUUUGUGCGAGUCUUUUAUCUAGACUCAAGUGUAGUGACCUGAAUAAUGUUCUUAAACUUAUAUUGCUCUGAUGGAUCGUAAAAAUAGUCCAGAAAGUGUCUUCUGUUGGCUACUACUAUUAAAAGUGUAAGCAGUUAUUUAUUUAUUUAUUUUUAUUAUAUGUGUAUAUACACAUUUUUAUACAACUUCGUAUACCAUUGUAUUGAAAUUAAUUAUUAAACUCCAGCUCGGCCUCUUCAGAACUUUUUAGAACAAUUACUCUUGCAUCCCUUGGAUAUUCCCACUUCCUGCAAUUUCCAAUCCCAUAAUAGAAUCAGAGGAGAACAAAGAUUGAAAAACUCUUGGUUCUGUUUGCUUGGCUUCCAAUCCAAUUCACCUGUCUUUGAAUUUUCAGGCUAGUAGCUUCAACCAACGGACAAAUUCUGAAAAACAGGUUAUAUUUAUCUUUUUAUGGUGUUUUAAUAGGUUUAAUCUGAUUAACUGUUUACGAGAUAUAGGUUUUCGAAGGAAUCGAGUGAGGAGGAAAGAAACCAUGCUGAGAAAUUGAUGGAGUAUCAGGUGUUUGACAAGUUGCAUCUACGGUCAAUCUUGUUGAUUUUCUUCAUUUUGUUUUACAAACUGAAGUACUUUGUUCUAUAAUGGAUUUGGUCCUAAAUACUUGUUCAAUGAAUUUCAGAACAAAUGGGGUGGGAAAAUAAAUCUGCAAUCUAUUCUUAUGCUACUAUUUGAGUUUGAUCAGUCUGAGAAAGGAGAUGCGCUGUAUGGUGAGUUUGGCGGGCUUCUAUCUUUAAUGCAAGACAAUGUAAAGCAUGACUUUGCUGUUACAGUUUUUAUAUAUAAAGGCUUUUUAAACAAGUUGCUCUGUUCAUGACAUGUUAGAUAACUGUAUCUAUUUUGGUCAUUUACUUGGGAACAGAGGUGGCCAAUGGAGCAAACUAUCCAACACCAGAGCACUACUCAAAUCUGGAUGCUUAAUCCGUGCGCUAUCCAUGUUCUGGUCUGCAGACAGCCGAUAUUCGGGUCAGCAGACCGUGAAUGGCUAAAGCUUCAAUUAUUCCCCAACUCUCUGCCUGUUAUAUCAUUUUAUGGUCUCAGGUACCGUACUUCCUUGCCCGCUAGUGGAGCUGAUAUCCAAAUCCAAGAAACAGACCUCCUAGGGUAGUUUGGCCAACGACCGCUCCAUCAAUAUUUGAACCAAUUGCCGGCCAUCAGUGGCCUUCUCUAUCGAAGGGACCUCCAAAGGAGCCUCUUGUUGAGAAACCUCCCAUGUCUCUACCUGCUGAGUUUCAAUACAUAGGCUUGAGUUGACUAUUCUAAACACAAAUAUCAACUCUGAAGAGAAUGCUUACCAAAGUUGCUUCCGUUAUAAAGGCUUUUUAAACAAGUUACUCUGUUCAUGACAUGUUAAAUAACUGUAUGUGUUUUAGUUAGCACUGAUUGUAAUUAAUUUGUUGACUUAACAAUGGAACUUAUGGAGAAGCCAACUAAUGAAAAACUUGUGGUAACUUUUGAUCAAAAGUUAUAUAUAUAUAUCUCUUUUGAUCCUCACACCCAUUUAAUGGUUUUUUUUCGCUCGUCGUGAAACCAAUUUCCCUCCUCUCUCUCUCACGCCAAUUUUGACUGUCUAGCGCCUAGACCGCUCGCCACUUUCACUCUCUCUCCAAAAUCCGAACAAAUUUUUAGCAUCUCUCUCUACCUUUCCUCCUCCUCCUCUCUCCCUCUCUCUAUAUAUAUAUGUAUAUGCUUCUUUUUUUGCCCUAAAUUUAUCACCAUAACUACACUAAUCGAUAUCAACUGUCAACAGCUAACCAACGUCCUUAACAGUGUAUCUAUUCAAGAGCAGGUGUUCGUUUCUUGUUUGAUCUUUGUUUAAGUUUUCAUUGUUCCAAGGAGAGAAUCAUGUUUGGUUACUGAGAGACUUGAGGAAAAUGAAAAACAACAGAAAGUACUGCGAUCCUAUUUUUCUUAUUGCCUUGAUUUACAAUACCUUGAUAUUUUGUUACUUUAAGAGAAGAACACUUCAAUUAAGCUCCAACUAGUAGAGUUUUAAAUCAAAAUUGGAUUUUGAAGGUCGUUUUUUUUUUUUU